AUGCAGUUCCACAGCAUGAGCUUCACUGCCAGGAUGUGGCCAGACGGCAAGCCAGUGGAGGGCUGUAUGGGCAUGGUCCGCACCAAGCGCAUCGAAAUCAACAAGUUGCCGGCCUAUCCGGAUCUGCCAGAUCAAACAUGCUUCCUUUUCUUGGUGGAUGGGCUGGAGGACGCGGCUACCAUGCGUUCCUUCAGAUUUCCGGAUCCCUUCAAUGCGGAGCUCGCAGCGCUGGGCAUGCUGCAGACUGAUCAGGAACAAGCGCCCUUGAAAAGCGGACGACCCUACCAGUUCCAGGUCACCGCCUAUGGCGCCAAGGGCGAGGUCUUGGGAGCCUCCGCUUGGUCUAUGCCCACCAGCAUCGAGCGAAAACGGAGAUUUACGGAAUUGCCCUUACUGCUUUGGCGAGGCUUGUGUGGCAUUCUGCCGCCCAGCACUUUCAAGUACUUUUUGAAGGAGCACUGCGUCGUCCUUUCCAAGGAGCCAAGCAUGGUUAUCAAGUUCAAGAGGAUUUGCUUGUCAGUCUGGUCGAAAGCUCCAGAGUUCAGUGGCAUUGGGAAGAACGGUGAGAGCCUGAACCAGCAGGUGCAAGUCUACUUCUCGUCCUGUAGCGAGAUGAAGGUGACUGAGCCGGCGAAGCUGGACCGGAGCCGAAGGCGAGAGAAGCCCAUGAGUCAGGUCUUUCCCAACUCUGAUCGGGUGAACGCUGAAGACAACAUGAUUGUGGUGUUGGACGCCUUCGCACAGGACAUCACUUUAAAUGUUGGCAAUGAUCUGAGCCAAAAGCUGACAAUCGAGGUUUCUUUGACCUCCCAGGAGGGCGAGGAGACGGUCGUCGCCCGCUGGGAGCAUUCCUGGGCUCAUUUGUUGGACCUGCUAAGGUACUGCAGAGCUGAACAGGAGCUCACCGAUGAAGUGGUCUUACGUGCAGGCCUGAUGCCGGUGGCAAUGCUGUCAGCAAAAUUCGAGAUUUGCAAUACCAUGCUUGCCUCCACUGCACGCCCUGUCACUCCACAGAAGAACUUCCCGGAGAUUUUCGUGCAGAUCCGCCGCGGCUCGACCUUCUUUUGGGGCGAAUCGGUGAAGUUGGAGUGGAGCGUGCCCACCAGCCUGCGGCAGGAGACCACCUUGGAGAUUCUGGCAGUGACGAAGAAGUUGAACGUGGAGAAGCUGGCCGAAGGUUUGGUAGCUGAAGCUCCCGAGGGCCGGACCAUUCAGAGCAGCUUGCAGAGUGUGGAACUCUUGCAUGGCCAAGCGACUGUGGAACUUUGCCCGGAGUGCGAAGGGAUGAUGUCUUGCUACUUGCAGGCCAAGCCGCUCGGGAGCCAUGAGAUUGUCGCUUGCAGUGGGCAAUUCCUUCUUGUACGGCCAGUGCUUUUGCAGGAUCUGGAGCUGUGCUAUGCAGGCUUUUGCUCGCGCAAUGGAAUUCCCAUGGAGCGCAUUGAGUCCAAUCUGGAUGCAGGAGAAAUAUUUUUGGUGGAGCGCUCCUUCAAUGUGAUCAGUGGGCUUCGAGCACCGCUGCCGGUGCCGCUGGAAGUGGAGGCCGUAGCCACCGCAGCCCGCAAACAUCCCCGGUGCAACGUCUUCAUUGAGAAUCAGUCCUCCUGCGCCAUAGUGCCGGAGGCUCCGGUGCGAUUGCAGAAUGCCAAGACCAUGCAGGAGGAAUCUCGAGAAAGCAAAUCAUCCUCCAAGGGAGUUGCUAGACAGGCAUCAAUCAAAUCGAUGGAGACUCCACUGUUGCAAGCAAGUGAGGAAGUGUCAGAAGAAGAGGACAAGUUCAGAACACUCGUGCCCCAUCGACAAGCGAUGAAGAUUCCUUCAAACAUCUUCUGGAGGCACAGUGAUGAGUGGGGACGUGAUCCAUUGCUUCAGUAUCGGUUCCUUCCCUUUGAACAUUUGAAGGGCACUCUUGGGAAAGGCAUACGCGCUGUUUUCUUGACCUUUCUUUUUUAUGGGAACAUCGCCGCUGUGGUGAUGCCAGUAGUCCUCGUGCUGGUUUUUGCUGUUUGUCAAGAUGGAGUUCAUGCAGCUGUCAGAGCAGACUUGCUUCGGCGGGAUGCUGGACAACAUCACUACCUGUUGGAUUUCAUCGUGGCUCCUUCCUUCUUCCGCUUUUGGAGCCUUGAUUUGGAGAUGCAGAUCCUUCAAGGUGCUGCUGUGCUUUAUGUUUUCCUCGUUGGUGCCACCAUUGCGUACUGCAUGGUGCUGAGAUCCAUUCCGAGGUUGAAGCCAUUCGAGCCGUUCUUUGGCUAUGCCGAUCAUGCCAUCCGAUGCGUGACCUAUGUGCUGAUUUCCGCCUUCAUCCUCUUCGUCACAAAUACGUUGAUGUGGGUGGUCCUCGGAUCUUUGAUCCGGCCAGCCGACCUGUUGCCCUAUGCCAUCAUGGUGGGUAUGGCGGCGACAGUGACUCAAAGUAUGCUGACAAAGUUCAAGGGCAUGCAGCAGUUUUGCUCCUCCAAAAUGGUGAGUUUGCUUGACAAGGCACUUCUGGCCAUUUUCAAAGUGAUGGCGAAAGAUUUGAAGGGCCGGAACGGCUUUCUUCAAGAGGAACACGAGGCAUUUCAAAAGCUCCAGAUUGAUGUGUGGCAGAAGCUGAGAGAGAUCGAAGAAGCAGAGGAGAAGCAGAUGGCAAGCAUGGUACGGAAGGCCCAUACAAGUGACAAGGCGGAGGAGUUCUUGCGCUCGAUACGCUUGACAUCGGACGCGCCGGUACCUCGCAAGGGUUCCUCCAUGCUGCAAGUCCAGGACCGAACAGAUGGUCUUGCACAAGACAAAGAGAAGCAGGUGAAGAACUUGUCCAAAAGCUUGUCGCUGCACUCCGACACUGUCAAACUGAUCAUGAACUGCUUCGAUAGCUCUGUGGUUAUGAAGCGCCUCGAAAGUGAUAGCGCGGCCAACAGCAACAGCUCG